CCAGCGGCUCACCCCACCAGGCCACCAGCCACCACCACCAUACAGAGCUUCCCCCCGAUGCCCGCCUCCCCGUCGCAUCCCUCGCCGGCGCCGGCGACGCCCUCCUCCGCCGUGGCCAGGCCCGGCCGGCGCCGGCGCCUCCUCCCGUCCAAGUCCAGCCACCACCCGCCGCCGUCCCUGGCGCCGGGCUCGCCGUUCUCCUUCUUCCCGCCGUCGUCGCCGUCGCCGUUCCACCAGUUCCUCCCCUCCCCGCUGCGCGCCUCCGCCGUGCCCUUCUCGUGGGAGCACCGCCCGGGCAUCCCCAAGACGCCCGCCCGGGCCCGCUCGUCGUCGUCCUCCAGGAGCAAGGCGCUCCCGCUCCCGCCGUCGCUGCUCGCCAGGUCCUGCGCCGGCGGCUCCGACCCCUACGCCUCCGUCGUCCCCGCCGAGUACGCCGCCGCCGCCGCCGCGACGGACCCGCACCCGCCGCCGGACCGCGCGGGCGGCCGUCUGGGGUGGAGGGUGCGCUGGGGCCGGCGGCGGUCGCCGCGGCUGGGCGACGCCCUCGCCCAGUGGCUGUCCAUGCUCAGCCUCUACCGCUCCUGCAAGCGCGCCGCCGCCUGCUUCGCCGCCAGGGCCAAGUCGCCGGGCGCCUGACAAACUCCGACCUCCGAGAGAUAAGUUCCCCCGCAAUCUGCUGCUGCCGCGCCCGCCGCGACAUCGAUCUCUGAACUCCGAUGAUCUCUCCCCGCGCCGUUCGCGCGUGUGCUAGCUGUGUUGAAAUACUGUUGAUAGCAAGUAGUGUGAUGGGGUUUGGAUUUGCGACGAUGAUGAUUCGCUGUAAAUUAGUGAUCGAUCAGGAUUCAGGAGGAGGCAGUGCAUACUAGUAGUAGUAGUAUACGGGUACUAUAUGAUUCCAUUUGAUACAUGUGCGUAACUGUUGAUUAGUGCUGCUCCAAUAAUUCGGCAGGCAUUUAGUUGCGGUCGAUGGAGUGCCGGUGCUGUUGUUGACUUGGUGGUGGUGGUGGUGAUGCAUGGUGGUGUGCUUUAGCUAGUGAGGAUUCAUCAUUAAUUAUUGGGUUUAUUUCCGUUCAAAGUUUACAGCUGAGAACUUUAAGCUUGUGUGGUUGAGUUACUCUGGGUGGACGACAGGGCCUGGGAUCGAAAGAUGAAGCCUGUAAUCCAGAAAAGCUGAAAGGUGAUGAAAGCGUGCAGCAAUGACAUA